UCGGCGUCCCGGUGAGCGCGCGCCUCCCGCGCUGUAGCUGCCUGUCAUCGUUCGGGCUGACAUCACACGGAGGAUUUGCUACAAUGUCAAACAUUCACAAGCAGCGCGAGCUCAUGGCUUCCCCGCGCCACAAUGAGACGCACCGCCGCGCUCUCCUGCUCAUCCUCUGAAUACAGAACUCCAUUCACUUUCUAUGGGUUUAUUCCACGUUCGGCGGACAGGAUGCGUUUGAGGUCUACGUGAGUGUGCGAGCCCGGUCAGAGGUCAUGCUGCGGAGGGAAGCGGACUCCCACGGCCUCUUUUCCUCCGGAGAGACGUCUGACAAUGACUGUGAGUCUCAGGUGGGGGCGAGUUGUGGAGAGGUAGAUGUGCUGUGUCUGUGCGAGGCCGGUCCCUGUACACUUUAUUCAGAAGCACACACGCCUACGCCGGACACACUCCCGUGUGAACACUGUGGAAAAAACAGAGUGAUGAAAACCAGGUACUCUGAGGGAUACGGCACAGAGGAGGAGUGUGUGUUGUCUGACCCUCAGGGCGAGAGUGAUGCAGAUGCUGACAUAGAGGACACAGACUGCAGACUCCAGGAGCCAGGUUCUCUGCAGCGAAUCAGCUCGCGGAGACGCAAGCGCCCGCGGGUCGCGCGGCAAGACACCACGGAGAGCGAGGACGACGGCGGGCGGAGUCACAGAUCGCAUCGCUGGAACCUCAGGCUCAGCCCUGAGAGAGCACACAGCAGGACCAUACUGGAGGAGAGCAUAUCACAGGUCAGGCCGCUGGUCAUCUGCCGGCCAAACGUCGAGAGACAAAAGAGUCCGGCGGACGCGCCGCGAGGCUUCAGACGUCUGCUGCCUCUGUGGCCACCUUCGCUCUCGCUCCCCCUCCUCCUCCUCCUCCUCUCGCUGCCUCUCUCCCUCUCCCUCGUCUUCAUUAUCGUGUCUUUCUUCCUCCCGUGGGCCAGCGCUUGACCCGACACUUUCUGUUUCGAGAGAACAGCAACAAAAAGUUCCUAAAAACAGCACAGAACGGAAACCAAAAUGUGGUGCUUUUACGCUGCACAGUCGAGUACCUUACAGAUGCGUGAACACAACCUCCAUAUUUUAUGGCUCUGCUUUUUAUCCCCUUUUUCCACAGUAGAACGAAACACGUUUAGGAAGAAUUUUAAACAUAUUCGGGGACGUUUGGGGUCAGUUGGUCAGAAGAGCACACGUACUGCUUCACCCUCUCUUCACCACGAAAACAACACUGACUCAGUGCUUGCUUUUGCUACAUAAAAUCUCACCUUAAGUCUCACUUUCUCACCCCCACCGUUGGGUGAAAAUAGACCUCUCGCCUCGCUUCUUAGUCGUAAUGAGCUGCAGGAGUGAUACGUGGGGGUGGGGCUCAGGUGGUGGGGGUGGGGGUUCAGGGCUGCGCAGGUAAACUCCAAAUGGAAAAACAUCAGGCUCAUUAGGAAAAUGAAGAAGAAGAAGAAGAAGAAGAAAUAAAACGAUGAUGCUGCAGAACUAUGCAAUCCCUCUGCUCCAACCGCAGCAUCUUAACUGCUGUUACAGAACGUCUCCCAUUUCCUUGGCACUGCCGUCACCUUCUUGGCCCUCUCCUCUUUUCUCUCUGAGGAAUACACUUUAUGAAUGCAGGGACUUCUAAAAUAGAGCAUGACCCAAUUUAAAAAGCAAUAGCAGGAGAGAUGUGAUACCGCUCCCAUCGCUUAUGAUCCGCGCUACAUCUGUUGCUUUGAUGAAUGGACUACAUGUAUUACUUUACUUGUUGCAGACGGAUUUAAAAACACUUGGAUCCUUCUCCCUCCUGCCUGCACUUUUACGUGUACGUUUUAAUAUAAGCCGACCUCAGUAUAAAAUGAACUUAAGUGAAACUUUAUCACGCUGAAGCAGUUGAAACGCUUCAGACGCUUACAGUUUAAACAUCCAAUCGUGUUUCAGCUGUAAGACCGUGUGUUUCUGUCAUGUUAGAUAUUAUUUAUGUUGUGUUUAUAUUUCUGAAUUAUUAUUUAAGAAGAAGAGUUAGACAAUCAGUCAUGCUGCUUAUUCUGAAAUAAGUGGGAAAAAGCCAUUUUCUUGUGGCUUUUGUGUACUGUAUGUUCGAUGUUAUGUUGUUUUUGUAUGUUUUUACAGUUAGGAAUAUGUUGGAGUUGUUUGCAUCCUUUGUUGAGAAAUGUUCAUUUCAGAUUCAAAUCAGACUGUCCUGUAUGAGCUGAUUUGGUUCCUGUUUAGUAACUUUUUCCCUGUUUAAGCCUGUUGUGUCACCUGUCUUAAAUCUUACAUUUUAUUUCCAUGUGUGCGUUCACCUUUGUGUUUCAUGGGUCCAUAGAAGUUCAAUAAAACUAGAUUGUAUUUUGACAAAAA